UACCUCGCGCCGUGAGUACGUUUCGAGCGCUUGCGAGAAAAGCGCGCCCAAAUCGCGGGUUUUUCCAAUUCUGUUCAAGAGUGCAAAGCACAAUUUAAUGCGCUUCAAUAACACAUAACAAAAAUAAGAGAAAAAAAAAACAACAAAAAGGAAACUAAAACAAAUAAAAUUGUUUUAACAUUCUGGCAAAGCGAUAAAUAAAUGUGUUUCGUAUGGUUUUAAGUGUAAAUACAGAAAUUUUCAAUUUGAAUUUAAAACGCUUAGCUUCUGUUUGCCCGAUUGUUUCCAGGAAAGCCAUUUGAUUCCCAGUUCCCAGAUGCUGAAUAGUUAUGCUUAUCUUUGUUAAGGAAAAAAAUACAUAAGUAUAAAAAUAAAUAAAAAUAAAAAAUAAAAUAAAAAAAAGUCGACUUCUUAGACUGAGAUAAAGACAAAUCUCGGCGACCCAGGAUUCGCUGUCGCUUGCCAGCCAGACGCCUUAUCACUUACCACUAUACAGAAGGGAGUGGUCGAGAGACAGAGAGAGGGAAAAUUAUAAUUGAUAAAGGCAUUACAACUUGCAAUCAGGCGAAAUUCGUGAUAACAAUGAAGCAAUUCCGCCAGAUAUCUUAAAUAUAUAUUCAAAUAUAUACAAAAAGAAAAGAAAAGAACAACGAAAACAACAAUUUAAAUAUAUAAUUUAAAAUAUAUGAUUAACGUUAUCAAAAUGCGGAAACUUCUCUUGCUCUGCCUCAUCGGAAUCUCAUAUUUACACUACAAUCGAGCAUUUCCCCAACCUCAAAGUGACUUUGAGGGUAAUGAUAUACCCUAUAACUGUGGCGGGGAGUUUGGUGUGCCACUUAUAACGCCCUGCAAAGACUCGCUUAAGUUGGAUGUUGGCACAACUUAUACCCUGCAAUGUGAGGCCAGCGAGCCUAUCGAAUGGUGGAAUACCCACGACGGAUUCAAGCAGAGUGAAACCUUUAACAACGUUGAAGACCCACUGCGUCCAUUUGGCAUCAAACUCAUAUUGGAUGACGUGACUGUUGAUAAUGUGUCCGCCUAUUAUUGCAUCAAGUCCUCUGCGGCCCCCGAUAAGGCGAACUGGUCGGAGGAGGCGCUGGUCAGGCUGGUCAACGAGGAUGAGGCCAGCACCAUCUAUGUGUUUGUGAAUGAUAAAAGCAAUUUGCUAGUGCCGAUGGAGCCGAUCAUUCAUGCUCGCCAAUACUCCGAGGUGAUAAUACCCUGCAAGCCGACCAUGCCCGAGACAGAGGUGCUGUUAACCUUCAACGGUGAGACAUUUUCCAGUGAGCAUACCGGUCGAUACGAUCCGAAACGUGGUUUUGUUAUCGAAAUACGCAGCGUUACCGAUGGCGGUGAAUAUUAUUGCGAGCCCAAAAUCCCCGCACCGGAUAACGAAGAGGAAAACACGCUCAUAGUUGUGCGCUUUAUUGGUAACGGUCACAUUGAUACAUUCGGAUUGGACAAAAAUACUUUGGUGCAGACUGUGAUGUUAACUAACAUAACGCACGAUGAUUUAAAGGUUAUGAUUCGCGCCGAUGAAUCCAUCAAUGUUACUAACAGAGCCAACGAUAUCGUUGCAUUAACAACUGGUGUUGGGCAUGUUGAUAGCGAUGUCGAUAUCGACGUCGAUACGCAUAACGAUACCGAUACCGAUAACACGGUACCCAAUGAUAUCCCAGACUUUGACUUUGACUCAUCCUCGUUAACAUCAUCCUCGUCCUAUUCCUCAUCAUCGUCGUCUGCCCCGCGUCGUCCAAAGCGUAGCUACACGAUGCUGGCCCCGAUGAAACCUAUGCCCUCAAGGCAACCGAAAGGGCAAGCGAGCGAUCGCCUCAACAAGCCAGUCAUCACCUCGGCGUCCCGUGGCCACGUCUACGAGGGUCAAACAUUUGAGCUCGUCUGCGAGUUGUCUGCUCCACACGGCGUUGUCUACGAUAUGCAGUGGAUCAUUCCAGAAAAAGUGGAUAAGCUACGCUAUACGAAUACCACUCCAAAAUUCGAUGAUAGGGUGAAGAACAAUACCUAUCAGGUGGGUCGCAGCACCCUGACCGUGAGAGAGGCCAAGCUGACUGAUAAGGGCACCUACAAGUGCGUCGUAAGCGACUCACAUGUCAGGGAGUUCGGCUCCUACAGGAUGCAUGUUAUGCAGCCCAACUCCAGCUAUCUGAAAGUGUCAGAGCCCUCCAAUCACUAUACAGUGCACGAGCAUGCCAACCGUACCAUACAAAUGACAGCGAACUUUGAGGGCUUUCCACAGCCCACAUUCAAGUGGUACAAGCCGAAUGACAUUGAGGUCUGGGACACCGAACCGAACUUUAAAAUCUUCGCCACGGAGUCCAGCACAACGUUGAAAAUACUUAACGCACAGCUCGAGGACAGCGGCACCUAUACGCUCAAAGGGACGAAUGGAGUUGAUGCUAAGCAGCUGAACUUUAAUGUAAGCGUCAUCUCGGGACCUGUUCUCAGCAUGAAUGAUGUCUACGUGGUGGCUGGCCAGGAAGCCCAUCUCAAUUGUAGCGUCAAAUCGUAUCCCCCGGCCGUUGUCACAUUUAUGUUCAAGGCCUGUCGCCUAAAGCCGCGUUGGCCCGAGUGUGAACAGGCAUCGCAAAACUUUAGUUCCAAAGAAGUCCAGGAAAUAUAUCAGUAUAAGACUAACACACGUCCCGGCCAACUGACCGUGGAGAAUAUACACGAGGCGAUCUUUAUGCCCGAUAAGCCAGGAAUUAUCAUAUGUGUGGCUCAGAAUCUAAUCGACAGUAAGCCGGUUACGUCUCAGACCCGGGCGCAUGUUCUUCUGGGUAACAUUGCUCAGAACAUUAGUAUAUCUGGUCUGGAUCCAAAUCGUAAGAUAGCCAAGGGUGAUGAGGAGACGUUCACCUGCGCUGCUCUCGCCUAUCAUUUCGAUGACAAUCUGGAAUGGUAUCAUGAUGGCGAACUCGUGGUCGCUAGUCCAGAUGUCGAGGUGGAGAUGAACAGCACAGAAUAUUCGUAUACGAAGACACUGAAGUUCCAUGCCAUAGCUGACAAGGAUCGAGGCACCUACGAGUGCCGUGCACAUCAUAUCAAUAAUCCAGAAUUGUACGAUAGUCGCGAGAUCGAUGUCUAUGUGCACGAUCCGAAGGCUCCUCAAUGGGCGUACACAAAUCUCAAUGCCAAUUCAAAAAUUGAACGCAAUUUGGGCGACUCCCUGAUCCUUGAGUGCAAAUCGAAGGCCGUGCCGCAGGCAAAGGUAUACUGGUACAAGGACGAGGUAGAGCUAUUCGAAACGAAUCGCACACACAUCGUCGAGGAUGGUACCAAGCUAUUGAUACCCCACCUAUAUCCCUCACACGAUGGUAUCUAUCGCUGUGUGGUCUCAAAUCGUUUGGGCAGCAUCGAAAACUCCGUCAAAGUGAUCAUUGCCAAUAUGCCUGGCAUGAACAAAGCUUGGAUUUGGUUCAGUGUCAUCUUCUUUAUGAUUCUGAUUGCGCUCUGCAUUUUCCUGGGCAUACGCUAUAGGCAGGAGCGUAAGAAUCAUUUGGCCCUCAAGGCGGCUGGUUUGGCCAACUUUGUUGAAGGCGCUGUGGAGCAAAUCAAUCCGGCCCUGUCGCUGGAUGAGCAAGCGGAGCUGUUGCCCUAUAAUCGUGAAUUUGAGUUUCCACGCAAUAAACUGAAGCUGGGCAAGCAGCUCGGAGCUGGCGCCUUCGGUGUGGUGCUCAAGGGCGAGGCGGAGGGCAUACGAAGUGACGAACCCGUCAGCACAGUGGCUGUCAAAAUGGUGAAGCGCACCGCCGACGCGGAAGUUGUGCGUGCUCUUGUUUCCGAGCUAAAGAUAAUGGUUCAUCUCGGACAGCAUCUGAAUGUUGUGAAUCUCCUGGGCGCUGUUACCAAGAACAUCGCAAAGCGUGAGCUGAUGGUCAUUGUGGAGUAUUGUCGCUUUGGCAAUAUACAAAACUUUUUGUUGCGCAAUCGCAAGUGUUUCAUCAAUCAGAUUAAUCCCAUUAACGAUCGCAUCGAUCCCAGCAUCAUGACGCAACGAAUCUCAGACAACUUCGAUCUGCAUCGUGAUGUUGGUAGUGGUGUUGGUGUUGGUGUUGGUGUUAGUGGUGGCUUGAAAUAUGCUAACGUCGGUUUCCCGAACCAUCCAUAUAUCAAUCACAUGAACUCCGUAAACAACAACUAUACGCACCAUAAUCGCAGAAACUCCGACAACGAUCCACGUUCGGGCACACGCGCCGGCCGCACCGUUACAGGCGGCUCCACCUACGAUCGUCAAAUAGACACCUGUGCCACGGAGGCAACGGUGAUGACCACUGUGCCAGAGGAUGAUCAUGUCAUGUCAAAUAAUUCCAUUCAACCUGCCUGGCGUUCAAAUUAUAAGACCGAUUCCACUGAAGCGAUGUCGGUGAGCACCACCGACCUGAUCAGUUGGGCCUUCCAGGUGGCACGCGGCAUGGAUUACCUGUCCUCGAAGAAAGUGCUCCACGGCGAUCUUGCUGCACGCAAUAUUCUACUCUGCGAAGACAACGUGGUGAAGAUUUGUGACUUUGGUCUGGCCCGUUCCAUGUACAGGGGGGAUAACUAUAAGAAAUCAGAAAGUGGUAAAUUGCCCAUCAAAUGGCUGGCGCUGGAAUCGCUGAGCGAUCAUGUGUUCAGCACCUACAGCGAUGUCUGGUCCUUUGGCAUUGUGCUAUGGGAGCUGUUUUCGCUGUCUAAGGUGCCCUAUCCGGGCAUCGAUCCCAAUCAGGAGCUGUUCAACAAGCUCAACGAUGGCUAUCGCAUGGAGAAGCCGCCAUAUGCCAAUCAGGAAAUCUACGAAAUAAUGCUCGAGUGUUGGCGAAAGAGUCCGGAGAGUCGACCGUUGUUCAAUGUACUGGAAAGACGUUUUGCCAAUAUGCUGGGCGAGGAUGUGGCCAAUCAUUAUCUCGACCUCAAUGAUCCCUACAUGCGCUCGAACUCGGAGUAUAUGAAAAAUCGACCCACCGACUAUUUGUCGCUUAUGGGUGCGCCGGAUGACUUUGCUCCGUCAGCGCCUCGCUAUGUCAAUGGACACAUAGUGCCAAAGAUAAGAAUCGAAGAAUCAUCCGAUGAUUAUCUACAAAUGAAUACAGACAACAGCAUCGCCAUCUUUUCACCAACGCGUCCCAAAGGCGACGCCGACUUUGCCGAUUUGCCAGCCAUAGACACAAACGAAACCUCUUUCACGUUCCCAGAUACUAAUCGCACUGUGGGUCAACAGCAUUCGCCAACGCUAGCGAAUAACAUGGACACCAGCGCACAGAAGCCGGUGCGUCGCAAGAAUGGAAUGCCCACCACAGUGGAUGCAGCUGAUCAGGCACCCGAAGAGAUACCCAUGCUGCACCGCGUCUCCACAUCAGAUGGCGAGGAACGAAGUCCGGAACAGGCGCGACGAUUUCCUCAGCAGUAUGUCAAUCCCACGCCCACACCCUCGCCACGACAUCACAUAGAGACAACGCUGAAUGGCAGCAGCGGCGAUAACUAUGUGAACGUGAAUGUGAAGCCGCCGCGCAAGAACCUGAUGAACAAAUCGGCGGGGAGCAGCACAGAUGCCUUCUCCAAUCCCAGCUACCAGCCAUUGAAAGUGGUCAACGAGAAGGAAGAGCGUAGAUAUUAAAACGAACCAUAGCAUCUAGAAGAUAUUUAAUUAAACGAUGCUACCUAGUGGCAUGAGAGAUAUAAAUAUAUUACAGAUAGAUAUAGACUAAGAUUUCACUCAACCCAUAUUGCCUAGUGUCUAAU